AUGAGUUGGAUUACUAUAAAUAGUUAAAACGAAGGUCCUGGAGGUCGAUGGGGACACUCAAGCAUUGCCUUAGAUGAAAAACUAUAUAUUUUUGGUGGUUUCGGUAUAAAGUAGAAUUAUAAUCAAGAUGGCAAUUAUCUAAAUGAUUUUUAUUCUUAUGAUUUCGACAAUAACUUAUGGCAAACCAUACUACAAAUUGGUUAAGUGCCAGAGCCAAGAUCAAACCAUAUCAUGUUUAUAAAUAACGGAACCAUAUAUGUUCAAGGUGGAGGAGGCUAAACUAAAACUAGAUUUGGAGAUCUCUAUUCAUUUAACAAAAACACUUGGAUUAAAUAGAAAACCAAUUUGAUACCUAGAACUUAUCAUGCAGGUUGUGUUGGCGAUAAUAAAUUAUAUAUAUAUGGAGGCGAAUCUGGUAAAGAUCUAGACGAAUUAGAAAUUGUUGAUUUAUGCAACAAUACAUAAUAUACAGUCAAAGUUGAGAACUAGAAAAAGCCAGAACCAAGACGAUUUGCAACUCUUCACUAUCAUAAUAGUUAACUAAUCUUGAUUGGUGGAUGUACUCAAUCUUACAGUCUUACUCCAUCAAUUUAUAUAGCAAAUUGCAAGUAAGAAGAAGAUUAAAUAAAUAUUUCAUGGUGUUUACUUAAAACUUAAUUUCCAAAGUGGGGACAAUCUUGUGUACAAUUUGAUGAUUUAUUCUAUUUAUUUGGAGGAAGGGAUGACAAAGAUUCUGAUGAACUUUACUCUUUUGAUUUGUAAACUCAUCAAAUUUAGAUCAUAAAGAAUGACAUUAAAGUUAAAGCAAGAAGAAAACAUUGUGCAUCUGUUAUUGGUAAUUCUUUGGUUAUUUUUGGUGGAUUCGAUGGAAAAUAUUAAAAUGAUUUAUGCUUCUAUGAACUACCUCUAGUUAAUACUGUGCCUCUUUCAGUUGAACUACCAUCUAAACCUUAUGAAGAAAUAUCAUAACAUCAAUUUGAAAACUAUUUUUAAUUUGAAAACGGAGUUCAUUUUUAUAAUGAUUAAUAUGAUUGCUUAAUCUAAACGGAUGAAAAGUGUUUUGGAGUUGAUAAAUCUGUUCUUAUUAACGCUUCUGGAUACUUUACAGAACUAUUCAAUGGAGAUUAUGUAGAAGGACAAUUACUUUAACUAGAUUUAUCAUAUGUUGAUCAUAUUGCUUUUGGGAUUGUUCUGAUUUUCUCAUACAAAAAUAAUUUGAUACUUCCUAUUCUAAAUAAAGAGGAACUUUUUAGACUAUUAGAAUUGUGUGAUUACCUAGACAUGAUAUAAUUAAAACAGAAAACAUAAUAUUAUAUAGCUUAAACUGUUGAUAAAAACACAAUAUAAGAAAUAUACAAUCUUUCUAUUGAACAUCAGAAUAAUUAGUUAUAAAAUUUUUGUGCAUUUAAGGUUUCAAAAUUGAAAAUGCCAUUGCAAGAAAUUGACAAUUUAUAAAGUUAACAAGUAAAUAAUAUGAAAAGAAUAAGAAAAUUGUCAAUAGUUAAUGAAUUAUGA